GCCAAUCUGGGAAAAUUAUUAUCUGUGAAUUGAAAUAAUAGGCUGGCAGCUGUAAAUGACCACACAUCACACUUCACUGGCACCGGAGUCCUGCCACUCCCUCAUUCACCUGCAGCUCUUCACCAGGUUUUCAAGUUUCCAAUGUCUCAAGGAUACCGAGGUUCCAGACUUUCCCAAAAUAAAUAUAGGGCCUUUUCACAAUGAGAAUCCAAUGCCCUGUACCUGCCAAAAGACCGAUCUUGCAAACCGGUUUGUGCCAAUUGAUGAACUGGAUGACAUGCAGAAACGGCGGGCAGAAGAGUUCAGACAACACCAGAUAAGGACAGGGAAAGAAAACGAUGUUCUUAUUCUCGCCCCUGCCAACACCCCACUCCAGUAUCCAAUCAGAGGAUUCAGAGUGUCCCCCAUGAAGAAAACACUCAUUCCUGGUCUAGCGCUUCAAACACAAAGCAGAGCGGUUUACAAGGUGUCUCUAAGGGUGCAGAAAGGGCUGCUCUCAGUGGAUGUUCAGGAGGGUGAGCAGGUGAAUGGACUGAAUGAGAAACAUCUGAGCAUCUCAUCCAGCAACCUUCAACAACUCAAUGAUCUUCUGAGCAGAGUGACCUACACCAGCACCAUCUACCACAUCAAGACCCAAGACCUCGCAUACUUCUCUUUUGAGAACCAUGAAGUCAUAUUCCCGAUUGAGAUCAGACGUCUGUCUGUUCCUGUUCUGUUUGACGUGGGAAAAGACAUAAACUCCCAGGUGACUGUACUAGUUAAAACUUUUUUGAGAUAUAAAGAACUAAAUGUCCUCAUCGAUAGUGUUCGUCGGCUCUACCCAAAAAUAAAGAUCAUUAUUGCUGAUGACAGUCUAAAACCAGAGAAGGUGGUCGGUGAGAAUAUAGAACACUAUGUAAUGCCCCCUGCACAGGGCUGGUUUGCAGGCAGAAAUCUGGCAGUGUCACAGGUCACCACUAAGUACUUCCUGUGGGUGGAUGAUGACUUUUUGUUCCUUAAUGAGACGCGUAUUGAAAGCUUUGUAAGCAUUAUGGAAGCCGUUCCUGAACUAGAUGUGGUUGGUGGUGAGGUACAAGGAAAUCAGUUCUUGUUUAAGCUGGAAUAUGAGGAAGGGAGUAGCGAUGAAGGCGGCUGUAUAUCGCGGGUCAGUCGUACCCACGCGCCUCUGCCAGGUUUUGACGGCUGCUUCUUCGUGGAUGUAGUUGUCAACUACUUCUUGGGCCGGACGGAUGCUGUGCGACGGGUCGGCUUUGACCCGUUCUACAAAAGAGUGGCUCACGGUGAAUUCUUUGUUGACGGACUUGGAGAUUUAUUAGUUGUCACCUGCAAAGGUCUCAGAAUUGGUCACCAAAAAUAUGGUCGCACAGACAAGUAUGGUUCCUACAGGCAUCCUCCCAAAAGUGAUUCACAGACAAAAAUAAGUCACAAUUUUUUCAAGAACCAUCUAAAAUGCAUAAAAUACUAAGGGACACUUCAGGUGAAAUAUGAUUUUCCUUACACAUUAUUAAUCUUUGAUUAAUUAGAUUUUUUUUUCUCUCUCUUUCAAUCAAACUUAUUGACAAAUCUGUUCAGACUAUUUUGGUCACACUUUAAAAUAAGGUUCCAUUAGUUAAUAUUAGUUAAUGCAUUUACUAACAUUAAAUAACACUGAGCAAUAUUUGUUUCAGUAUUUAAUAAUCUUAAUCUUAACGUUAGUAAGUAAAAAUACAACUGUUCAUUGUUAGUUCAUUGUUAGUUCAGGUCCAUUAAAACAUACAACUUCUGAUUUUAAUAUAAUCUCAGAAAAAUAAAUGCUUUAGAAGUAUUUUUCAUUGUUAGUUCAUGUUAACAAAUGGAACCUUAUUUUAUGUUUUAUAUAGUAUAAUAAUAGCAAAGUAACACAAAAUAAAAAUGAUGUAGUGAAUUGUGAUCAAAACAUGUUCAACUAAACUUAACUUAAAUCUAAACUUGUUCUUUGUGUAGAUUCCGGCUCUGAUUCUGAACAUUCUCUCGACUCCAUGCAUGCUGGGAUGUUUUUUAAACACUAAGG